AUGAAACUGGCUUGGACCAUUCGGCGCUCGCUCGUAGUGGCAACAGCCUUUGCCUCGAUCGUACGAGCAGUGGACACUCUAGUUGAUGUUGGCUAUGCUCAGUAUCGUGGUGCCGUCGUCGACCCAGCACUUGAAGUUUCGGCCUGGAAAGGCAUUCAGUAUGGCAAACCUCCUGUUGGAAACCUGAGAUUUGCGGCACCCCAGGAUCCUGAGGUGACCGGAGUAAUCGAUGCUACCAAACAUGGCGCCACUUGCCCCCCUCGAUCACCUGACGAUUUCACCGCGAAGCCAAACAAGAGAUUUCAUAUUGCGGAGGAUUGUCUGUACCUGAGCGUAUACGCACCUACCAAGGCAACCGUCGACUCAAAAUUGCCAGUGGUUGUCUUUUUUCAGGGGGGAGGGUUCUCGUCCCAAUCAAGUGCUAAUUGGGAUCCUACCGAGAUCGUAGCCGAUGGCCAGGUCGUAUUCGUUCAAUUCAGCCAUCGUGUUGGCAUGUACGGCUUCUUGAGCAGUGCCGAAGUCAAAAAGGGAGGCGGAGAUGUCAACGCUGGGCUCCGAGACCAGAUCAAGGUCCUCGAGUGGGUGCAAGAGCACAUCAUUCAAUUCGGCGGCGAUCCAAACCGGGUUGUUCUUGAUGGAGUCAGUGCUGGUGGUACUUCUGUAUCCCUCAUGCUGGCUGCCAAUACAGGCAAGAAGCUGUUCGCGGGCGGAAUCAUGGAAUCUGGAGGGUGGGUUACUAUGCGCACUCCGGAGCAAGGUGAAGAACAGUACAAGUGUCUGGUCGAAGAGAAGGGAUGCGGCGGCGCUCCAGAUAGCCUCGCCUGUCUGCGCGCGUUGAAUGAGUCGGCCAUUCGCUCUGCAAAUUGCUGGUUCAGUCCCAAUAUUGAAGGGGAUUUGUACACAGACUCUCUCGUCAACCUCUUCGAACAAGGCAAAUACACGAAAGUACCGACCAUAAUGGGAUCAUGCGCCGAGGAAGGGACAAAAUUCAAUGCUCCAGAGACGUUGGCUACCGCGGAAGAGGCACUCAAGUGGGUUGCCGACAAGGACCCAAGUCUCAGUAACGCUUCGAUUGCCACUCUCAAUGAUCUGUUCAUCAAGCCACCACAGCCUUCUUUUCCAGGCAAGGGUCGCUUUUGGCGCCAUGGGGCCAAUGCGAUUGGCAACAUCGCUACGCAUUGCAUCACCCGUAAUCUCCAGACCUACCUUGCCCGCGACGGAGUACCUACCUACAAUUACAAGUACACCGUGCUGGAUCCUGAGGACGAGGCCGAAGGCUAUGGUGCCUGGCACACGGUGAAUGUAUACGCUUUCUGGGGUACCAACCGCACCGACGGCAGCGAGCCUCCAAGCUACUUCACUACCAACAGACCCAUCAUCUCGAUGGUUCGAUCCUACUGGACAAGCUUCAUUCGAAAUUUGGAUCCCAAUGUCGAUCGCCUGAGUGGCGCAGUGGAAUGGUCGCCUUUCCGCGGGAUUGAUUCACGCGAGCGUUUGUUCAUCCAGACCAACAACACCAGGAUGGAAAGCAUGUCGCCUGAACAGUCGCUUCGUUGCGAUGUUGUCCGUCCCAUGAGUGAUAACUUGGGUAAGCCGCCGGCGACGGGUGUGACCACUGAGUUCAACGCGGAAGUGCUGCUGCGGUGA